AUGGCAGUUGCUGAGAAAUUUAUUAAAUGCAAGAACUUUGGCGGCCUAUGUCCCGUCUCUGUGACCUUUCACGACUCCCUUUACACUUGUAAAGGUACAAUUUUCGACAAGAAUUUGGCACAUACGGAUGAAAAAGAAAUUCUGGAAGCUCUGAAAUCGCAAGGAGUUGUGGGUUUGUACAAAUUCACUAAAACCAUUAAUAAUGUAGAAGUUCCUACAGGCAGAAUAGCUCUAUCGUUCAACCUAUACAAAAUUCAUCACACCAUUGACAUAGCAUGGUAUUCAGUGAGAGUUGAGGAGUACUUUCCUACUCCCAUGAGAUGCCGCUCAUGCCAACUGCUAGGUCACACCAUAAAAAGAUGCAAUAACAAUACUACUUGUGAAUCUUGUAACUUUCCACCUCAUAGCACACUACCAUGUCAACGCACAAUGUGCGCUAACUGCUUUGGGCCCCAUCCCGCAUCCGCCAGAGACUGCCCAAAGUACUUACAAGAGAAAGAG